AUGGCAGUGGUGGGACUCGCACCACUGCUGGGACUCGCGUGGCUGCUUCGGGCGGCUGGGCAGACCGGGAGCUGUUCGGCAGGAGCCGAUGCCUGCACAGAAGAGCAGGUGGAGAGUGUCGAGGAGCAGAUCAAGAACCAGUACCUGAGCCUCCUGCAGACAUUCGUACCACCACGGAUGGAUAUCAUCGGCUGCGCUGGCGGCAGUGUCCCCGUGAAGACGCAGUGCACGGUGAACGGAAACGGCCCGAGCUGCACCUAUAAAUGCUUUUCUGGCGGACAGCAGCAGCUUGUCUGUGGGCCGAACGAGAUCAUUCACCAGGAGCACUGCAGUGGCGGCGGCUGUAGCUGGGGAUGUCAUGCCUAUAUGAGCUGCUUGAAGAAGCCGGAGCUCAUCGGUUGCAACCGGAUGAUUCCAGCAACCUGCAUGUGGGCCUGUCCAGGCCCGGCCUCCAAGUCCAGGCUGCAGUGCCCUGAAGGUGUGGAGCCUGGUCAGACCUUGACUGAGAGCAAGGAGGGCAUAAAUUGGGUCUGCUGA